AUGCCUCCCCAUAUUCCGCGCAAGCGAUUGCGCGGCUCGCCCGGUAGAGAGGAGUCCAAGUCUGGAGCGGGCGCAAAGAAAGCCGCCAAGCCCAGUAAGCCAAAGUCCACGCUGUACGACGACUUGGACGCGACUACGACGUCGGGCUCGGCAAAGAUCUCCGAAUCAUUAUUCAACAGCCUGGACGAUGACAGCGACAGUUCCUUGUCUUCCUUUUCCGAUGAGGACUUCCAAGAUGUGCCCCUCGCAAAGCGACCCAAGGUCAACCCGGACUCCUCGGAAGCCGAGGACGAGGACGAGGACGAGGGCGUCGAAUUCGAGGAUGUCAAGGCUCCGGCUCAGGCCGAUUCGACAGUUCCAAUCGUCUCCGGAGACCUUGAGCUAACCCUCAACAAAGACGCUCGACUGUCAUUGACAAACGCGUUCGGAGACAAGAAAGGGCCGUCAAAACUUGAGCGAAAGGUGCGGAAUGCUACACACAGCCUCCAUGUUCUGUUCCUCCUUUGGCACAAUGCUCUUCGAAAUUCAUGGUUGUGCGACCCCGAAGUCCAGGCCAUCAUGAUCUCUCAUCUGCCGCCUAAGAUGUGGCAUGAGGUCGAGCGUUGGAGGCACAGCUCGGGUCUCAUCAAGGGAUCUCCACUACGAGAACUCUCUAUCCGCAGAGCCAAGAAGAGUACGAAAGACACAGCAAAGGAGAGUAAAUCUCGUGAUUGGGGAAAAGCAGCAAAACGACUCGAAGAAGGCGCUGUCGACAUGAGCCAUGGCGAUCCUUUGUUCAGGUUAAUGCAAUCGUUGGCUUCGUGGUGGAAACAACGGUUUAAGAUCACGGCCCCCGGACUAAGGAAAUGGGGCUACAUGUCAUUAGAGAGACUGGACAGGCUGACAAAGGCACAUAAAGACGAAUAUGCCGACUGCAAUCGCUUUGGAGAGAGAGUAGCAAAUCUAAAUGAUUUCCGGCAGUGUGCUUCGAAGUGCGAAGGGAGCAGGGAUAUCGGGGCGCAGCUGUUUACCGGGCUACUGCGAGGUAUUGGACUCGAGGCCAGAAUGGUUGCUAGUUUACAGCCCUUGGGUUUUGGCUGGAAUCGCUUGGAGGAUGCGGAUCCAGAGCCUGAGUUGGCAGAACUGGGCUUGAAAGUUUUAAAACCGGCAAACCCCACGGCCAAGGCAACUGUAGAGAAGACGAACAAGACCAAAGACACAUGUGCGGCAAAUCGUUCGAGACGACAGCCUGCAAGGCGUUCCGCGGCCGCGAUUGAGAUCAGCUCAGACGAGAUGGAUGAGUUACAAAGAGAGUGCAGCGACAGCGACGAUGAGGCGGUUGUGGUCAUGCAGGUCACUCCGAGGAAUCUCAAAGCACCUGCUAGCAAAUUUGACUCGGAUCUGGAGUAUCCCCAUUACUGGACGGAAGUUCUUUCGCCAGUGGCGAACAAAUAUCUGUCCGUUGAUCCAAUUGUGAAGAGCAUCAUCGCAACGAAUCGCGAACUUACUGAGGCGUUUGAGCCUCGGGGCCAAAAGGCAGACAAGGCUCGGCAAGUCAUGGCUUAUGUUGUUGGAUACUCUCCCGACGGGACAGCAAAGGACGUUACUGUCAGAUAUUUGAAAAGGCAGGUGAUUCCUGGCAGGACAAAGGGCAUGCGACUGCCGAUAGAAAAGGUGCCGAUCUACAACCGCCAUGGCAAAGUGAAGCGUCAUGAAGAGUUUGACUGGUUCAAGUCUGCCAUGUCGGGAUACAGGAGAGGAAGAAAAGCCUUUCCAAUCACCGAAAUAGAUGAUGAUGAAGAUUCAAAUGACCUGAAGCCGGCGAUGCCGAGAAAGAAGGAGGUGAAAGAAGGCGAAGAGACUCUUCAGUAUUACAAACAAUCUAAAGAGUUUGUGCUCGAAAGACAUUUGAAGCGGGAAGAGGCUCUGAAACGAGACGCUCUGCCUGUCAAACGUUUCAAGAACAAGGCGAAGGGGACCAAGACAGAAGAAGAAGGUGUUUAUCUGCGAUCAGAUAUUCUUCAGGUCAAGAGUGCGGAGACUUGGCACAAACAGGGACGCGCUCCUCUCGCAGGAGAGCAGCCGCUGAAACGAGUUCCGUACCGCGCAGCAACAACCAAUCGACGGAGAGAAAUCCUCGAGGCCGAGGCUGCUACUGGUCAAAAGGUUCUGCAGGGAUUGUACAGCUACGAGCAGACGGAUUGGAUCAUUCCGCCUCCUAUCAGGAACGGGGUCAUUCCGAAGAACGAAUAUGGGAACAUCGAUCUCUUUGUCGAGCACAUGUUGCCCAAAGGCGCCGCGCAUGUCCCGUACAGAGGAGCUGUGAAGGUAUGCAAACGACUCAAAAUCGACUUCGCCGAGGCGGUUGUCGACUUUGAGUUUGGGCACCGGAUGGCUGUUCCUGUUAUCCAAGGCGUUGUUAUUGCGGAGGAGUAUCACGACGAAGUCAUGGCCGAGCUUGAAAAGGACGAGGCAGAGCGCCGGAGAAAGGAGGAUGAGAAACGGCGCAAAGCUGCUUUGCGGCAGUGGCGGAAAUUCAUCAUGGGGCUGAGAAUUGUCGAGAGGAUUCGACAGGAAUACGGUGAGGUUGAUGAGAGCGUAUCGGUAUUUGGGCACAGUAGAGGACCUGCCUUGAAACCACACGCACUUGGUGCGGUUGAAACCCGGGAAGAAGACAUGGCGGGUGGAUUCCUUCCAGAAGGUUUCGAGGAGGAACACGAAGAAGAACAGCGUCAUACAUCCAGUUUCUUUCCAGUUGGGGACGAUGGAGAUGAUGCUGGCGACGAUGCAGGCCUGACUAUCGAGCAUCAUUGA